AAAGGUGAGAAGGCUAGAGUACUCAUUUGGACCCGAGUUUGGAAAUCCUUACUGGAGGCGAAACAAGGUAAGACCGUGAGAAUUCAGUUGACGGGUAUUGACUGGCUAAAAAUAGAGUAACUCUUGAGUUACUACAGUACUAACUACUACUUGAUGGGGUCAAUCAUUCCUUGGGAUAAGAGAUGCACCACAUCCAAAAAAUGGCAUCACCAGUGCCGUGGAAACUGAUGGGACUUAAUUGAGAACAGGAGUUCCUGACAUGGGACUAGUUCGUAUUCUGCAGCCCAUGUGGCACUCACUGUUGGACCCUGAGUCAUAUUGCACUGAAUCAUCGGGAGUCACGAAGAGUCAUGGUGGCGCUUUACCUAUUUUAGGACUAGCGCCUGAGGCCCACCUUCAGCGGCAACGUUAGAUGACUAAGCUCAUAUAGCUUCCUUUCGCAAACUAUCUAGUCCUCAUACUCAAAGUCUAGCACUAUUUAUCCAGACCUAUUGUCCGGGUCUGUAGUUGUUCCAGCUCACCGUACCGUACCAUCUUUGUUUCUGUGAUACUCUGGCUGCCAUUAACUUUGAAUGAACGACCCUUCACUGGCAGCCAGCAACAUGACCAACACGAGUUCAACCAGUGGCCAGAGGCCAAUCUCGAAGGCCGAAAGCUCAAAUCCCCGCGAAUUCCAGAUGAACCAGCUGAGGCGACGUUUUCGUCCGACGGAGAGCACGGAUAAUGUGGGCACAACUCUGACUUUCGGGAUGGCCCCUUCGGAUCCGGACUUUCCCUUCGAAAUGGACAAGCUGCAAUGCAUUUUGCAUGUGCCGCUAUCAUAUCCUAACCGCGAGAGACCCACUUUGAAAGUGACCAAUUCCGAAAUGGGCAGCGCCUUUCAGGAUAAUGUUGCACGGGGAUUCGACGACAUUGUCGACAGCACCCUGAGGAGUAGUGGCCAUGCGACCUUGUUAACUUGGAUGAAUACGCUAGACCGACACCUUGAGCGUUUACUCACGACUACGGAAAGAGGCCCCACGCUGAAGUUUGUGCCAAAUGUGGGUAGCAAGCAGAAGCCAGAGAGCCAGGCGAUUGUGGAAGGGGUGAAGUUCUUGACCGUAUCUACCCCAGUCAGUCAGCAAGACUCGAAACCAAAGUCGUUGUCUGUGCCGAAGGCUCCCUCUCGGGUAUAUACCGCGGAGGAGAAAUCGCAGGCUGAGAAGAGGCGAUCUGUUGAGACUAAGCAGAUUGAAGCUCGUCUUGGAAGACUGCCUUUGUUUCAGAAAUCUAAAGAUGGGCUUUCGUUUGUCAUUCCUAUCCAGCCUCCCAAACCUGACCGGCUACCGAUUUCGAUCCGUUCUGUGAAAACAGUCAAGCUAUUGGUGCCGCUUUUGUACCCACUGGAACAGAGCUCUGUUGAGCUCCAGGGCGUUGAUCGUGCAGAAGCGCGGCCUGUUGAAGUGGGGUUUGCGCAGUGGGUUGAAGGAAAUUCAAAAUUGAACCUGAUGUCGCAAAUCAAUUACCUGACGGCCAAUAUGCAUAACUUCGCCAAAAUGCCGCUUGAGACUCCCUUCCAGGAGACUGCUCUUGAUGUAUCAUCUGAACCGUAUACAGAUUCUAAAGACCCUGAAGAUAUGUCGACAACGACAAAGGGCACGACACUAGAAGACAAGCCUCACGUCCAUGUCGUUCCACGGCCUCCAGAAUGGACAGUGGGUGAACGCAGCAGCGAAAGCGAAGAUACGGACAUGACCGAGUCUGAAGAUGACUUUACAGGCGAAGAUGAAGAAGAUGGAGGAGCCCCAGUACCAGCGCUCCCAGAAACCACCGUUGAACGUGGCGUUGCUCUUUCUUUCCCCUUCUUGGAAUUAUAUGGAAUUGAACUUUUAGAGCUUGUUGGCCUCUCAAUCACGAUCAAAUGUGAUCGAUGCAAGGAGCAGAUGGACAUAAAGAACGUCCCUCAGGUGAAGGACAAGGCUGAUGCAUUGUCUCCUAAAAUUGAGUCAUGCAAGAAAUGUGCCAACACUAUGAGUUUUGGUUUCCGUCGACAGUUAAUACAUUCUAAUGCGAACCGCGCCGGCUACCUUGACUUGGAUGGCUGUACCAUCGCUGAUCUGCUUCCUAGCAGCUUCAUUCCAACAUGUGCUGAAUGUUCAAGCUCCUUCCCUGCACCCGGUGUUGUUGCAGUCCGCGGUGAGAGUGCAUCGGCGUCAUGUCGCCAAUGUCAUCGCAAGAUGGUGUUCAAGGUUCCUGAAGUCAAAUUCCUCAGAGUAGGAUCAGCCGCAUUCACUUCUCGUAACCAAGCACUGCCACGAAGGAAGCCAAAGGAAACUCUCGGCAUUGUUGCUGGUCAAGAACUCCCCCGCCGUGGUCGCUGCUCGCACUAUGGCAAGAGCUAUCGCUGGUUUCGAUUUAGCUGCUGCGCCAAGGUAUAUCCUUGCGAUAAAUGUCACGAUGCGGAGACAGACCACCCCAACGAACACGCGAAUCGUAUGAUUUGUGGCUUCUGUUCUAGAGAGCAAAUCUACCGGCCUGAAAACUGCGGAGUCUGCCGUGCAGUUCUAAUAGGAAAAGCAGGAAGUGGAUUCUGGGAAGGUGGAAAAGGGACGAGAAAUAAAGUAUUGAUGAGCCGGAAAGAUCCCCGGAAGUAUAAGCGCCGACCGGGCUCAACUCCAGGAGGUUCUUCUUCGAAGAAGAAAUGAUAAGGGCAUCGGCGUGGAUCGUCAUAUGUGUCCCAAGUUUUUGGCAUAUCUCGUCUGCCGAUACCUGGGUGCACUGGGUGACCUGUAUGCAUAGAAACAACGAAACGAACAUAAUGUCGCACAAUGAAAAUACGAUUAGAUGCUUCGUAUGCUUAGAAUUUACAAUAACCACAACCUUGGGCAAAC